AACGGCGUGGUGCGACGCUUGCUCCGUGCGUCCGUGUGUGUGAUUGGUUCUGUGUAGCGCAUAAAUUGGUUUAACAACCGCCCGAAAGUUCGUUGUUGCGAAAGUUGUUUUUCAAAAAGCGAAGCAGCAGCGUCUGGAGACACCUGUGUUUGCGUUCGAUCGUUUGCGUUUGUGCCAGUGACUCUGAGUUUCGAACGGCUGUGAUGUGUUUCCACGCGUCGAAAGGCAACGGCCGCGUGGCCGCGAACCCGAGCGGCUAGAAUGGCGAUCGUCAUCAGUGGCCAUUCCCGGGGGAUACACCCAUCAUUACAUGUUCAAUGCUAAAACACAUUCAUACCGGGCCCGUAACGACGGGCCAGAAUCGUUCGAUACGGGGCACUGGCGGUGGCGGCGGCGGCGGUGGCCCCGGCGGGGCGCCGUCCAGCACGCCCUCCGGCAUCGGCGGGCCGGGGACGGUGGCGGCCAAGCACAUGAACGGGGGUCCGCCCAGGUUGCUGUCGUCAUCGUUCAUGACGCCGCUCGCAUCGUCGAUCGGCUCGACCGCCAACGGCAAUGUGACUGGCGGUGGUGGCGGCGCGGGGCUCCACAUCGGCGGUGGACUGACGACACUCGGCAACGGGAUGCUGGGCGGUGGAGUUGGUGGAGCUGGUGGCGGAGGAGGCGGCGUCGGCGGACUCUUUAGUCACAGCCACAACUCGACGACGAAUAACAACAUCCUCAGCAGCACGAUCAACAUGAACAAGGACCGGAUGGGUGCCCGCGAGGCCCUCACCAGUCUCGGGCUGCUGUGUUUGGUUUCGUUGCUGCUGGCGCUACUUUCGUUGAUAUUUCUACUGAAAAUAUCGCCCGGCGGUCGGGAACCGCCACCGCCGACGAUAGGGCCGGCGGUCCUGGAGGACUACGCCAUCGUGUACGACGUGACGCUGGCCCUGUGCGCGCUGUCCCUGUCGCUGAACCUGUGCUGCCUGCUGGUGUGUGCCAUUCAGUUCCUGUUUGCCGUCAAGUUGGUCCGCGCACCUGCCACGACCGGAAGAGGCAACAAGUAUCUGCAGAAGUCGAGUGUUAGCCGUGUGUGCGCCGUGGGAGGAUUCUUCAUCUCCAUACCCAUCUUUUUGACCGGUAUCAUCCUGUACACGUUCACGCAGUUCCACUCGACACCGGCGAUCGUGACGAGCAUCCUGAUCGGUGUCGGCAUCGUGUUUUGCGGUGGCGCCAUGGUGCACAACGUGUUCGUUUGGCAGCGCGAGAAAACGAUCAGCGUGCGGCAGGCGCCGCUCAACCUGAACCUGACGCUGUCGCCCCAGAUCAGCACGAUAUCGACGGCGGCCGCGGCAGCAGCGGCUGCUGCCGCCGCCGCCCACCAGUACCAGAACCAGAACGGCCACGGGCCGCACCACAUUAGCCUGAACCACGUGUACAGCAACCACCACAACAACACGCCGCUCACCCACAACUCGCAGGCCAGUCACACCACGCCGAUCACGCAGCUCACGCCGGUGACGCCGCUGUCCGCGAACCAUUCGCACAUCAGCUUCAACCAUUCCUACGUGCCCCCACCGUACGGUGGCGGGGGCGGGGUGCGGGCGGCCACCGCCACACCACCUACGCCGAAGGUGAUCGUCGGCUCGUUGCUGAACCGGGACGCUUCCGGGUCCGUCAGUCCCGGCAUGCCGGGUGGCGCCGGUGGCAACAAUACGCUCGACACAACGGCCAACUCACCGCACGAACUGUCGACGCUGGUCUGACCCGUGCCUGGAGGACGAUCGCUUCCGGAAGGAUUCCGAUUCCCGAUCAUGCGCGUGUGUAAUGGACAUUUUUUGGCUAGGAAAAAUGUACGACUUUACCCACCUGAUUCGAGUGAUCCCAAUCUGUGCUCUAAAAAGUGCUAAAUAUUGGAUCGAUGAGAUUAUGCUAUUGGCCCGGCCUCGGGAAAGGGCUGCACCUUCUACCUUCUACCUUAGCGUUUAAGCUAUGCCGAAAUCUGUACAAAUCAAAAUCCUGUUUGCGUUCCCGUCCGAAUGAAAGAGAAGCGUGACCCACGUAAGGAGCUGCCAGAGGAGUGUAUCUUUGUAACCUGUGUGUUAUAACAUAAGUAUUUAUUAAACGCGUGCUUAGCGUGUUGUGGCCCCGCCGUUUCCCGUCCCGGUGGGACCGAAUUAUAUUUUUAAGGACCGUGAAGUAACUUUGAGAAUCGAACUGAGCCGAAGUUUAGGGUUUUACUAUUUAAGCUAGGUGCUGCAUUUUAAUGUUGUUUCGCCAUGUGGCGGCUAAAGCGGAUGCGGAUAGGUUAUGUGUUUUUUUAUUAUUAUUUUAAACAAAUAGAACUACGAACCGU